CCACUUGACCCGCCGUAACACGCACAAGUCGUCUCUCCCUCUCCACCUCAUCCUCUCGCCCUCUCCCUCCCUCUCUCUCUCUAGCCAUGGAAUUCCUAGAUGAAGAACCCAGACCAAGGUUCUUCUUCCAAUCUCGCGCCACUCCUUCUUCUUCGCUCGCUUCUCCACAAACCCAUCAACUUAGCAAACCAUUUGCACUUUUCUGCUUCGCCCUCUCCAUUUCUCUCUUCCUUCUCGCUCUCUUCUUCCUCCAAUCUCAAACCCUCCAAUUCCUCAUCCUCUGGUCCGCAUCCUCCCUCCUCCUCGCCCCUUUUGCCCCGGAUUCCCUGACCGGCGGCGACAUUCGCGUCGGCCAAGGCCCAAUCGUCGAAUUCACCCACCAAGAUGAAAAGAUCGUGCUCGACGAUUCCAACAAAAAGGUACACAAUCGGAAAUCAAGGCCUCGCAGAUCCGACGAUGUGGUGUCUGGUCCCGAUUAUAUGGUUGGUAGUGUUAAUGGGCCUGCGAAAGAAGAGAAGAAAAAUUUGUCCCCUGAUGAGAAUCGUAAUGGUAAUGUUAAUGAAAGUGGUAGCAAUGCUGCAGAUUGGGUUGAAGAAGAGAAAGAAUGGAAUGAUGAGGAUUUUGAGCUCCUCAAGAAGCAGAUGAUGAAGCAUCCGGUGGGGAAGGCUAGGAGGUGGGAGAUUAUUGCGGAGGCGUUCAGGGGAAGGCAUAAGGUGGAGAGUGUGAUUAAAACGGCGAAGGCUCUGGGGGAGAAGAGAGCAGGCGGGGGCGAUUCAUAUGCAGAAUUUUUGAAGAAUCGAAAGCCGCUGAAUAAGAGAAUUGAGGGUGGGAAUGUCAGGUUAGUGGAGAAUGGGGGGAGCAAGGGAGAGAGUGGCGGUGAGGGGAGCUGGUGUUCUGGUGAGGAUAUUGCUCUGCUCAAUGCUUUGAAGGCAUUUCCGAAGGAUGCCUCAAUGAGGUGGGAGAAUAUUGCAGCAGCUGUUCCUGGAAGGUCUAAGGCUGCUUGUAUGAAGAGAGUUUCUGAAUUGAAGAAGGAUUUUCGGAGCUCAAAAGCUUCCAGUGAGGCUUAGGUAAAGGCUUCCACAUUGUUGGAUUUUUUCCUGCUUUGGUAUGUGGUGCUGUGUCAGUGCAUGUUUACAGAAUUUUAGUUUUCUUUCAAAUUUGUAUUUGUUUCAUACCAAGGUCGGUGCCCAUUUGUUCUAGUUUUGGAAUCAAGUCCAUUAGGACGGGUGCAUUGAUGUCUAAAGUUGUACUGUCAAUGGUGUAGACAUAUCAAUUAACUUGUGAGACGAUGAUUUAUAGCAAUAAACCAUGCUACUUACAAUAUGAUUAAGAUAAA